AUGUCGGCCACAGCUCCGCGACCCGAUCCAUUCCGACCCGCCAGACGGGUGGCAGGACAGCGCCAGGAUGUCUGGUCUAUCGUCAAUGAGGCAGCAGCCGCUUCGCCAGUCCAGCCGAUCGUGAACAUGGGCCAGGGUUUCUUCGGUUAUAAUCCUCCCAAAUUUGCCAUUGACGCCGCGAAGGAUGCGCUGGAUAGAGUCGAAUGCAACCAAUACUCCCCCACGAAGGGUCGCCCUCGACUUAGAAAAGCGAUUGCGGAUGCCUACUCGCCCUUCUUUGGCAAAAAGCUGAAUCCGGAAACCGAGGUCUCGAUCACCACUGGCGCCAACGAAGGCAUGCUUAGUGCCUUCAUGGGCUUUAUUGAGCCCGGCGAUGAGGUCAUCAUCUUCGAGCCUUUCUUUGACCAAUAUAUUAGCAACAUUGAGAUGCCUGGCGGUAUUAUCCGAUAUGUGCCUCUCCACCCUCCCAAGGAUGGUGCCACCAAGACUUCGUCUGCAGCUGAGUGGUCUAUUGACUUCGAGGAACUUGAGGGAGCCAUGAACCCCAAGACAAAGAUGAUUGUCCUGAACUCUCCACACAACCCCGUCGGCAAAGUUUUCUCGCGUGAGGAGCUCGAACGCAUCGGCGAAUUAUGUGUAAAGUACAAUCUCAUCAUCUUGUCUGAUGAAGUGUACGACCGUCUCUUCUACACCCCGUACACAAGAAUCGCCACUCUGUCCCCGGAACUGUACGAACGCACCCUGACCGUGGGCUCCGCCGGCAAAGCCUUCUACGCCACCGGCUGGCGCGUGGGUUACCUCAUCGGCCCUGAGCACUUGAUCAAGUAUGUGGCCGGUGCACACACCCGCAUCUGCUACAGCAGUGUGUCUCCCCUGCAGGAAGCUGCCGCCGUUGCCUUUGAGCAGGCAGAGAAGGAGGGCUUCUGGGACGAGAGCCGAACAGAAAUGAAGGGCAAGAUUGAGCGGUUCUGUGAGGUCUUUGAUGAGCUUGGUAUUCCGUACUCCGACCCUGAGGGUGGAUAUUUUGUUCUCGCCAACAUGGCCUCUGUAAAGCUCCCUGCUGAUUAUCCUUUCCCACCCCAUGUUGCGAGCCGUCCUCGGGACUUCAAGCUCUGUUGGUUCCUCAUUCAUGAAGUUGGUGUGGCUGCUAUUCCUCCCACGGAAUUCUACACUGACGACAAUGCUCACAUUGCGGAGGAUUAUCUUCGCUUCGCGGUCUGCAAGAACGAUGAUGUUCUUGAGACAGCUAAGGACCGUCUGAGAGGUUUGAAGAAGUACAUCACCCAGUAG